ACCCUUUGCAUUGCAUCCACGCAACUGAUAGCGAGCUCCUCGCCAUGAUUCCUCCUCUCCUCACCGUCCUUUUGGUCGCCGCCGCCGGCACGGUCUCCUGCAAGCCUCACCGCCACCCGCUGGAUCCACUCUCCGCCGUGGAGCUCACCGCCGUGCGCUCCGCCGUGCUUGCCUCCCCGCUCGUCCCCGACCGGCCUAUCAGCUUCCACUACGUCGGCCUCGAUGAGCCCGACAAGGCCGACGUCCUCUCCUACGCUUCCUCCUCUUCCUCCUCCCACCGCCGCCCCGUCCUCCCUCGCCGCGCCUUCGUCGUCGCACGCGCCGGGGGCCGGUCCCACGAGCUCCGCGUCGACGUCACCAACACCUCCGCGCCGUCCGUCACCUCGCACGCCGUCCACCACGGAGCUGGCUUCCCGAGGUUCACGACGGAAGAGAUGGCCGCCGCCGGAGCGCUGCCGCCCAAUUACCCUCCGUUUGUGGAGUCCGUGCGGCGGCGCGGGCUGAACGUCAGCGACGUCGGCUGUGGGGUCUUCUCGAUGGGGUGGUUCGGCGGCGAGGCGGGCAAGGCCAGCAGCGGCAGGCUGACGAAGAUGCAGUGCUUCGUGUUCGGCGGGGCCACGCCCACGGCCAACUUCUACGCGCGGCCGCUGGAGGGCGUGACGCUGCUGGUGGACCUCGACCGGAUGGCCGUCGUUGGGUACAGGGACAGGGUGGUCUCCCCGGUGCCCAAGGCGGAGGGGACGGACUACCGGGCGGCCGAGGUCGGGCCGCCGUUCACCGGCCCCGUCACGGCGCCCGGCGUGGUCGUGCAGCCGGAGGGCAGCGGCGUGAAGAUAGACGGCCGCGUUGUCAGAUGGGCCAACUGGGAGUUCCACGUGGGCUUCGACAUACGCGCCAGCACAGUCAUCUCCAUGGCAUCGGUCCACGACGGCGAUGCCGGCACGUGGCGGCAGGUGCUCUACCGCGGUUUCGUCUCCGAGAUCUUCGUGCCGUACAUGGACCCGGAGGAGGAGUGGUACUUCCACGUGUUCAUGGAUGCCGGCGACUACGGCCUAGGGGCCUCGGCGUUCCCGCUCCAGCCCGGCGCCGACUGCCCGGCCAAUGCCGUCUACAUGGACGGCUUCUACGCCAAUGCGGAUGGGCAGCCCGUCAAGGCCGAGAACGCCAUCUGUGUGUUCGAGCGGUACGCCGGCGACGUUGCCUGGCGCCACACCGAGGCCGCCUUUCCAGGCCAACUGGUCACGGAGGUGAGGCCGGACGUGACGCUGGUGGUGAGAACGGUCGUGUCGGCGGGGAACUACGACUACACAUUCGACUGGGAGUUCAAGACGGCGGGCUCCAUCAAGUGUGUGGUGUCUCUCAGUGGCAUCCUGGAGAUGAAGGCCACGUCCUACACGCACGUCGACCAGAUCAAGGAGGACGCGCACGGCACCCUACUCGCCGCGAACACCGUCGGCGUCUACCACGACCAUUUCGUCACGUACCACCUGGACCUAGACGUUGACGGCACCGAGAACUCCUUCGUCAAGAACACGGUCGUCCCCAGGCGCAACACCGGGGACCCCGCCACGGGCGGCGCCGACACUCCGAGGAGGAGCUACUGGACCGUACGCCGCGAGGUGGCGGAGACGGAGGCGGAUGGCCAGGUGAACAUCAACAGUGGUGGUCCAGCGGACCUGCUGUUUGUCAACCCCAGCAAGAAGACCAGCGUCGGCAAUGAGGUCGGGUACCGGCUCAUCCCGGCUGGUGCGACGGCGUCCUCGCUGCUUUCCGACGAUGACUACCCGCAGCGCCGCGCCAGCUACUCCAAGAAGCAGGUGUGGGUGACGCCGUACGACAAGUCGGAGAAGUGGGCGUCCGGGCUGUACGCGGAGCAGGGCACGGGAGACGACAACCUGGCUGCCUGGAGCAGGAGGAACAGGAGGAUUAAGGAGGAGGACAUUGUUCUGUGGUACACUCUGGGCGUGCACCACCUCCCAUACCAGGAGGACUUUCCAGUAAUGCCUACGGUGAGUGGCGCCUUCGAGCUCCGACCGUCGAACUUCUUCGAGAGGAACCCGUUGAUGAGAAUGAAGCCGCCUGGUAACCCAAACUUCCCAAACUGCUCCUGCCACAUUUGAUCCUGGCUUUGAUAAAUAAAGCAACCACAUGUAUUUGAGUCGAUUCAAACCCUAAAGGUUAUUAAUUGUUUGCAGUGCGAUAUGUAUUUGAAGAUUUAACAGUUAUUGUUGUAGCCUCAGGCACACGAAUAAUCAUCUAGAUAAAACAUAAUGCAAUAAGAUUUCCGAAAUGAAAGAUCGAGAAUGCUUGCAAA